AUGGAGAAUGUCCCGCCUACCAUGACAUCCGACAGAGAUACUCACAAUGCACCUCUUCCCGACCUUGAGGACCUCCUGCGUCCGACCAGACGCUACGCCAAGUCCACGCGGCACAAACACGCUAGUUCACUCGUGUUGGUAGCUCGGGCUAAUGAAGAUACGGGCGAGAAGUCUACCUUUGAUUCUGGUCUUUUGACUCCACCAACGUCCCAGAUCGAAGGUGAUGUUGACGCCACCAGGAUGCUCAUCAGUCCCCCGCCCGAGAGUAUGCUGAGAGCUGGAAGUCGAUCUUCUGCUCCCCGCGCCAAAUCUACAAGCGUACCCAUCGAUCAAAUUCCAUUCACGCCUUCGCUUCUUGCAGAUACCUCGGAGCUUUCAAGUUCGAAGAAAUCGUUUGCCGCCAAGCGCAAGCGCGCGUCCCCAUACUCUCAGUGUAUAGUCCAUUUUGAACCGGAGUCGUUAAGCAACUCUGAUCCAGGAUCUGCCCCUGCGGGUCCGGAGGCUACACCGAACCCCAAGCCGCGUAAACAGUCGAAACACACCGCAGAUGUCUCAUCACGGAACUCUUCUCCUCGGUAUCAUGCUGGGGCAUCUACUGCUCAGCCCACAACGCCUACCAAGUCUUCAAGUCGCGGGUCGUCUUUCUCACCAUCCAAACGGGCGCUCCUUCUUUCGCCACACGCCGCCAAUCCACACGCCGAUUAUAUCCCUCCUUUGCUCUUUCAUUCGCGCGAGACUCUUUCUGCUCGUCACCGUUCUUCCACUCCCCUUCCACGAUAUGAGCCACCGUUAGACAGGUUCACUCCCCCACGCGAGGUCUUGUACACCUCACCAACCGCUCCCCAUUCCGCACGUAUGUCAAGAUCUAGCAAGCGCAGGACCUCCAACAAGACCAAGUCACCAGGGAAAUUGGUGCUGACAAUCAAGAAGGAGCUCCCCGAAAUUGAUCUCAGCUUACCGCUUCCUCCAGCAUCGCCAACUGAAGAUCCGCUCCUGUUGACCGGUCCUCCUCGUACCAAGUCUCGCCGCAGUCAUGCGUAUACACACUCCCGUGAGGCGCCUUCGAUGGCGUCCAGUUCGCCCAUUCUUGCCGUGCAGGGACCAGAGCUCAUCGACUUGCGGCUCAGAGAUCAAAUGGAUACGUCCGACUUCGCCAAUGACGACGUCAUAGAGCCCAUCUUCAGGUUCGACGACAUGUUGCUUGAGGCUAGCGGCGACGCCUGGAGCGAUAGCGACGACGGGAGCGCCGACUUUGACCACGCAGGGGAGUACACUGGUAAGUACAAGGUGCUCACGGUGCCUACAAAGGCAGAUCCUCCCAGCAGCUGCACAAGAGAUCGUAUGGACGCGUGGGGUCAUCCUGUCAGUCCAUUCCCAAGAUUGAACAGCCAGAUCGACUUUGGGGACGAGCUUGAUGGUAUCAACGAGAACGGCCCCUCCGAGCUCAUGGCUCGAUUCCCCCAGCAGCCCUCCGCGGAGCUAGCAAGUCGUCCUGUGCCGGAGACGGUUGAUGAAGAGAUGGACGAGGGUUUUCCUGUGUUGGAAAUUCCUGCUGGAGAUGCUGAGCCGGAGUCAGCUCUGAUGGAUGAACCACACCCAAGUCCUACGAAAUCAAGAGCUGUUGACCGUCCGGAGUACGAGGGAGAUGUCGAUCAGGACAUCCCUAUUGAGGACUAUAGCCUCGAAGAUGACGCCCUUCUAGAUUUACCGUGGACGGAUGAGAAUAUGUCCAAAACACCUCUACAGACGCCUCCCUUGGAGAACCCUACGUGGGAGCGAAACAUGAACAAGGAUGACCAAUCGCAGCCAGACGAUGUCCUCGAAGACAUGCAUGUUGACUCGAUCUCGGACUUAACGGACGACGCUCAGGAACAGCGGGAAAUUGUGCAGACGGACCAGGCUCGCGACGAGGGUAUAGCUGAUGACGACCAGCUUGAAGAAGCAGUUGUCGAUCGUGAACUUUCUCGAGAACCCGAGGCCGACAGCGACGAUGAUAAUAAACAGCAUGAAUUUGACGAGGAUGAUUCCUCUUUCUCACCGUCGGUGGUGGAAUUGGAAAGACCGUCGCCUCAGGUUCACACAAUAGAGCUCCCUGAUGACCGAUCUGUGAUGGAGAAAGAGGAAGCUCUUUUCGGCGAGGUUCCACCCGAGCAAAACGGAGACAUCGAUGCGGACGUCGUCAAGAUCGUCAGCGACGACCCCAGAGCGGCUGCUCGAGCUGCUGCGAUCUUGAAGAUGCAUGAUUAUGAUUGUGUUUCGCAAUCGCAGCUAUCGAGACGGAGGCAUUCCCAACAGAGCGUUGACAUCGCCGUUCGUGACGCUCGGCGAAAGACGCUUUCAGAAUCCGGGAUAUCUAAACGCUCCCCUUCUGUGCACAGGCGGCAUACACUCGGAGGUCUUGUCGGGGACAAGGUGUAUAUACCUGGCAGCCCGUUGGUCACUCUGCCUCAACUGUUAAAGGAAGCUGAGGUUACUCUGGAACGCAGUCAGACACCUCGGAGGGUGGCGAUUGAGAACAAAUCAUUCGAGACGCCCGUGAAUUCGACGAGCCUCCACACCCCGACCGCGACCUUUUCAGAGAUCUCAAGGGAGGUCAAUGCGCUCCCUCAAGCUUGGGGUAAACUGCAUUGGAGGACACUGGAUACCUUCUUCACAGAUGAGCGAUUGGCUAUCGGUGCUCGUCGAGGGCUUGGACACAACGUUCUUGCGGAGGUCGAUGACAUCGACCUUGAUGAUGUUGUUGAUCGGUUUAUGGGGCAGGUUCGCCCUAUCGGUUUAACCGACGAACAACUUAGUUGGAAUAGGGAUGACAUAUUGAAGCGAGCGCGAGCCCUUCGGAGAAAACAACUUUCCGGGAACUUCGCACCGCCAACUCCAAGCGGUUAUUCUUCACUAAUGUCCUCGAGGGCCAGCAGUGCUGCUGCGGACCAUCGUCGCUUUUCCCACUCGAUCCCCAAGUCGGCUGUUCGACUAUCUGCCUUGCGAUUUGAUAUCACUGACGAUGAACCGAGCACUCCCGUGUCUGAGGCGCAGCCCAACUACUCACGCCUUAUGGGAGAGGCUAAAGCCAUCGCUAGAGAGACCGUGUCGUCUCCCGAUUACGCUGACAGCCUCUCCGCUCCUGAUCACCCUCAGACGACUGCUAUAACAGUCACGUCCACUACUUCACCGGCGAAACCAGCAAACCCUUCUAUCGCGACAAGAAUGAAAGGACUGUUAUUCUCGUAUCUUCCCUCUGUCACUCGAUCUGCGCCACCUAAGAAGGCACGGAGGGUGCAGCCAGCGCACCCUGGCCUUCCUAUCCCUCCGGCAGAGCUCUUCCAGAAGCCUCGGCCACCGAUCUCAACGCCUGCGCCCAAACCGAUGUCGAAGCCUGCUCAUCCGAAAGAGCUGGUACACUUACACCCAGUGCCGCUCCCGCCCAAGCCGUCCAUGAUCCCACGGUUUACCCAGCGACCCCAGCGCCUCGUUCAGCUGCGCCCACCGUCGCCACCCACACCGCAGCCUGUUCUGUCACUUUCGAUAUCCAGUGACCGCAGAAGCAGUGCAGGGAGUGUGAAGGAGCUGGUCCGCACCUUCGAGUGUUUGAAGGAGCAACAGAGCAUGGAGAGAGCGCCAUCGAGGAGUUCGCUGAGGCGCGUGCAGAGCGUCGCAGGAGGGUUGGGAGUGGAGAAAGAGAGACCUGCGUGGCGACCAUGA